ACCAAUCGACGACAGACGUCAUUUAAAUGUCAGUCGGCUGAAGAGCGAAAACUUGUAUCCACUAUCGAUAAUAUCCGCAGUAGUUUCCAAUUUUACUCAAUUACUCUCUCACUAAGCAAUAAAGAAAUUAUAGAAGACAGAAGUCUUACCGGAUAUCACCACGAAUUUCAUCAAAUUUUUCGCAACAAUGGUGCAGAAAGGGCCUCGACCUUUGGUGCUGUGCGGUCCCUCGGGAUCUGGAAAGAGUACUCUGCUGAAGCGCCUUCUCAAAGAAUUUCCCGAUAAGUUUGGGUUCAGCGUAUCUCACACGACGAGAGGCCCCCGGCCGGGAGAGAAGAAUGGAGUCCAUUACCAUUUCACUACAAAAGAUGAAAUGCUCGCUGCCAUUGAAAAAGGUGAAUUUCUAGAAACUGCUACAUUCAGUGGGAACACCUAUGGGACGAGUAAGAGAGCCGUAGAAGAUGUUCGCCGCACCGGAAAGAUCUGUGUACUGGAUAUUGAGAUUGAAGGCGUGAAACAAGUGAAGCGCUCAGACCUCGACCCUCUACUGGUGUUUGUGAUGCCGCCUUCAAUCGAUGAGCUGGAGAGACGCCUGCGUGGACGCAACACGGAGUCUGAUGAGGCGCUGAAGCUGAGGCUCGAGACAGCAAGGAAAGAAAUUGAAUAUGGGCGGGAACCUGGCAACUUCCACAUCAUCAUUAUGAACGACAACUUGGAUAAGGCGUAUUCGGAACUGCGCGAGUUUAUUGCGCAGAAUGUGAAGGACAAAGACCAAGCACGCGACGGUCCUACGGCCACCCAGUGAACAUUUCAACGCAUGGAGUGGUUUUAACAUUUGCGGGGUUGUUUCACUUUCUGAAUCUUACCUAUGUAACUUCCGUUAAGGUCUUAAAAUAAUUUCGAUUAGCAAUUACAAUAAAAAAAAUCACAUAUGAAUAUUAUGAUAGGUAUUUCAUAAAGUGAAACUGACUUCUUAUUUUUACAGUCUCCUUAAUAUUUGCGAAAUAAAAUAGUUCUGAAACCGCGUUUUCACCUAGGACCAUUUGCAUCCCACUAACCCGGGGUUAACCAGUUAAACCUUUAACCUGUGUCAAAUUGUACUAGUAACCAUGGUAACUCCAGGUUUAAACGGUUAACCCUGGGUUAGUGGGAUGGUGCAAGUGGCGCUAAGAGUUCCGAACGAGCAAUCAUUCGUUCGGUUAAUGGAAACAUUUGCUCUAUUAGAAAAAAGGAAGAGAAAACAUUUGCUGAAAACAAAAUGUUUGCUUAGAAUUAGAACACUAAGUGAAAACGCGGUUUUACAGGGCGUACUUGUGCAUAGUUGCGUCAACCGAAGAGAUAAGAAAAUAAAAAUAAAUCGGUCUAAUAGCCUGACUUGUGUACUGUACUGGCGUUUUUCGUCGGCUAUUCUUAGUCCAGAUAUUCCUUAGUAUACAAAAUGAGUAUUAAAAAGCGCGCGGAUAUACAUAUUUCGUGAAUAUUAACGGUUACUUUAAUGAAAUAUGGAACAUCAAAGGCCGAAGAGUCUCCCUUUACCGUUUGUUUAAUUUAUUAUUUGUGUGCAUUCGUGCUAGUUAGAAAAUAACUCAAGUUUAACUUGAAUAUCAAUGCUGAUUUUCAUUUAUUUUACUAAGAGAUGAUAUUAUUAAUAUUUAUUGAUUUGCCUUUAAGUUGUCUUAUUUUUACUGAUCCACUAAAUAGUUUUCCUUUAAUUAAGUACACUCUUGACAGUUAAUUAAUUUAUAAAAAUACGUAUAUAAAAUCAGCAUUGACCCUAUAUUAACCCUUUAUAAGGCAUAAGGGUGUCAGGAAUUAUGCAAAAUUGAACUCUAUCACUUUGGAAUAAAGUUCAAAACCAGGUGGGAAAUAUAUUCCCUCUGCCGUAUAAAGGCUUAAUUGUAAGUUUAAUUGCAUUCAAUUACUUAGCGUGAAUGAAAUACGGUGUCGCGUGCAGUACGGAUCAAACGAAGGACCUUAUGUAGACCCACCGAAAAUUAAUAGUUUCAAAGAAAAGAUAAUUUGACGAGUGUACGGAAUGCACUCUUCAAAUGACAUACCUACCUAUUGCUAUUUAAACUUUCCAUUAUAAUUGUAAGAUAAGACAAAUACUUGGUAAUUUAUGCAUGCUAUGUAACUGAAAUGCGUAUUUAUUUAGGAAUUCAUUAAAAUGUCGAAUGAAACUAAAAAGUCUGUCACAGCGGACUUAUUAUAUUCUUUCGACAAUUUUGUUACAUUAAUAAUUAAUGUUUCCCAAACGUUUGCCCCAAAAUGUACCGAUAUUUGGACAAUUAUUGUUAAAGAGAAAUGUGGGAGCUCUUAACGUAUAAAACUCAAUUAGGAUUAACUAUUCAACUUUGCUCUAGAGCAGAUAUUGUUUACAAUUACAUAGAAAGUCCUGAAAAUAUUUAUUUUAUAGUCAUGUUUGAGCAAACCAUUAUUUUGCUCUCACUAGCCAGUGUAGAGGGUAAUAAUCGUGUUUACGUGCUUAGGUUAUUUUCCACAUAUUGUUGUAAUUUAUUACUUAAACCAUAGACAAAUAUAUAAUAAUAUUAAGAAUGCACAUAGUGAACAAUAUUGUAGGUGUGUUUAUAUGACACUUGACUUAUUAGCGCUGCACGUCGCCAUACAUUUUGUGAUAACUAUUAGAUUGUCAAAAUUUGUCUAUAUUAUUCCACAAUUUUGUUCACCUUAUUAUUCCUAGUCUGCCUACAUUUAAAGCAGGCGACUGACGAGCCUUCCAAAUGGAUUCAUCCAAAUGGAUGGCAUCCUAAUAUUAAACAUUGUACGUUUUUUACAUUCACAGACUGAUUUUGGAUUGCAGCCACGCUAUUUGGACUGUUGGAAGGCUCGUCAGUGGCCACCUUAAGGCCUUUUUGCACAAGUUGAUUAGUGUUUAGUAUAAGUUCACUCAUACAUUUGCUAUUUGCGUUACUUAUUUUCAAUGCCAUGUCAAACACAAAAAGCUGCCACUCGGACGCCACGUCACCGAAGUGUCAAAAUUGAAACUUACUUCUUUGAACUUUAUGCAUAUGCACGUAGGUCUAUGUUGGUCUGUGGUCUGUGACCGAUUACUCCGUAUGGCGUUGGACCUGCGGUGCGGAUAUAUCGGUCAUUGGCGUCCAAAAGGUUUAUGGCAAAUGUAGGUAUGAAAACUAAUCAAUGUGUAAAUACUUAGGCCCUUAGCAACUUAAUUGAUUAUUAGGUAUUGUAAGCAAAGUUUGACAUACAAAUUUUUGCCAACUACCUCUAUGAAAACAUGAGCUAAUGAAGAUUUUAAACAUUUGUACCAAAUUUUGCAUAACGGAGAAUCCUGUAAUAACGACAACGCGGUCGUAAGCUGCCAUGAUAUUUCAAAAUACGUAGUAGUUAAAGUAGUGUAGCUAAAAGCUAUAUAGUUAGUGGGUCAGACUCACGAGUAAAUGUAUGUGUGUAUGUAGGUAUUGCAUUAGAUUAACCACAUUGAUUGUCUCUGUCAUUAAAUUUAAGAAAAAAUGUGCAUUCCUUCUACAGUCAUGAUAUUAUUAUGAUCAUGAAUAGGGUUCAUAACUGCCGGUUGCUACUAAAAGGGCACAUAAAACUCGGUAACUUAUAAUCUUUCAUGUAAACAUGAUCAGGAUCUGAGUAAUUUAUUUUAAUAAGCAGUGUUCAGUAAUACAUUUAUUUACUUAUGUUAUAUACGUGCUCAUUUAUUAUUUUUUGAGUAUAUAAUAAAUAACUGAGGUCGAUUAAGGUGCCAAAUAUAUAAAAGAACUUCGGUCCUAGUUUAUUUAUAUUCUUAUUCAUCAUACGUUACAUCGUGUAGCGUAUUUAUGUUUUGAAUACUUAAAUUUGUAAAAAAAAUAAUUAAAAGUAAACAUUCCAUCUUAUUAUGAGAUAUUCGUAAUAUAAUAUACCUAAGUGCAAUAAACAUACCGCAUAGGGUUCAUCAUCGCGGCAUAAUAAGUAAAUAAUUUAUUAUUUUUCUUCAUAGACCUCCGUGGGCUGUAAGGAGUGAAAACUACAAGGAAUUAGUCGCCGCUUCA